AGCGACAUGACACGAUACACAACGAGGAGCACUAAAAGUGAUGUGCUGCUUUCUUCCUUUAAAUCCUUUUUAUGUCCAUUAAAACCGCUUUCAUUCACGAGUCACAGCACAACACCCGCCAAAGAUUCCAACGGCUCCCUCUUUAUUCAUUCCUUCCUAUGUAAGCCUGCCACUAAGGCUAAAUAAGAGAGUCGUGUAAGCAACUCAAAUGUGUGCAAGGACCAUUGCCCAACUGACUGAAAUUGUUCAACAAACUUGCUGCAAUUUUGGCAAGACUUGGGAAAUGGGUGCAGAGGACGUGGAGAAAGCCCAUGGCGAAGAAGGAUCAUUAUUGCUGCAGAGAAGCAACACCAAGGAAGAUCUAAAGCAAUGGCCCGGGUGGAAGCAGGUCUUAUGGGAACUCCAAAACCAGAAAUCCAUAGGCUUGCCAAUUGCAGCCAUGAACAUGAUGUGGUUUGGGAGAAUGGUGAUAUCAACAGCCUUUCUAGGAAGGCAGGGGAAGCUAGAAUUGGCAGGAGGAGCCUUAGCCCUCACCUUCGCCAAUGUAACAGCUUUCUCAGUCCUCACAGGCCUUUCUGCUGGAAUGGAGCCUCUCUGCGCCCAAGCCUUCGGAGCAGCCAACUAUAAGCUCCUAGGAGCCACGCUUUACAGAGGAAUCAUACUACUUUUCCUCACAAGCCUCCCCAUAGGAUUCCUAUGGCUAAAUGUGACCAAACUACUGUUGGAAUUGGGCCAAGACAAAGAAAUUUCCAAGGUAGCAGGAACAUACCUAAUGUUUCUCCUGCCUGAUCUGGCGGCAACCUCUGUUUUGGUACCGCUGAGAAUUUACCUGAGAUCACAGUGCAUAACGAAGCCCAUGAUGGUGGCCUCCGCCAUAGCUCUCAUUCUCCACUUGCCCAUCAACAUGGCUUUGCAAAAUCUGGGCGUUAAGGGCACAGCUCUGGCGAUCUUCUGGAGCGACUGCAAUGUGGUAGUCAUGCUCUUAACAUAUGUGUAUAAAACCGGGCUGUAUAAAACUACUCAGGCGGAGAACUGGUGGCGCACUGGCUGGGCUCCAUUGCUGAAGCUCUCGGUGGCCUCAUGUCUGUUAACCUGCUUAGAAUGGUGGUGCUAUGAAAUCCUGAUGCUCAUAACUGGGCGUCUUCCCAAGGCUGAGGAGGCCGUUUCAGAGCUUGUGGUAGUUUUAAAUGGGGAUCAGAUUCUGUACUCUCUGCAAAUAGCAUUGGCGGCUUGCGCCUCCACACGUGUGGGAAACGAAUUGGGGGGAAAUAAUCCGGUGGGGGCGUACCACGCGGCAGUGGUGGCGGUUGGGCUGAGCGUUGUGGUGGGGUGCGCUGGAGCGUCAGCCAUGAUUGUGGGACGCAAUGCCUGGGGAAUGGUGUUCAGCACGGACCAGGGAGUUUUAGGGGGAGUGGGGAAAUUAAUGUGCUUCAUGGCCGUAGCGGAGAUUUUUAACUUUCCGCUCACAGUGGCGGGCGGUGUUCUGCGGGGAACUGCCAGGCCGACUGUGGGUGUGUUUCUGAGCUUGGGUUCUUUCUAUCUGUUUGGUCUCCCCAUUGGAGUUUUUCUUGCCUUUCAAUGGAAGCUCCGAUUAGUUGGGCUUCUGAUGGGCUUUCUGAUUGCCGUUGCAGUUUGUUCUGCUUUGACGUUGGCUGUUGUUUUCCGAACUGAUUGGAUUCACCACACAGUUUUAGCUCAGGAGCUCAUUAAUGGUGAGCAGUCUGAGCUCAAGUCAUGUCAAUCUGGGGAAUUGGAAACAAUUGGGUUGGCUGUGAUGGACGACGGGAAUGGAAAACCAGAGAAGAAAUAGCAAAAAAUGUGAUAAAUCAAAAUUUGGGUUUUGUUAUACACUACAGAGAAUUUUGUUAAGCUCAAUUCGAAACAAAAAUAGUUUCCACUAGUUGGGAUUUAGUAAUAUUAUAUCCGUUUAAAAAGGAUCUCCUCUGAUCAACAGCAUGUAGUUUUCAGAGUUCACAUUAAAAAUAACAAAGUUUUUGAA